UUCGUCUCGAUUGUCGAAUAAACCGCAUUCGGUCUUCGAACUCCGUUGUGUUCGGUGGUGUGACAAACUGCUUAAAGUGCGAAACAAAGAUGAAGUGGUUUUUAUUGCUUGUGGUGACCGUUGGAAUAGGUUUGGCAACGGCCGAUUCCAGCUAUACCCAUUAUCGCCUGCCGACGGCCCUGCGACCCCAAAAGUAUCACUUGCGCAUCCUAACGCAGCUGGAAAACCCGGAAGAUCUUCGUUUUAGCGGCAAUGUGAAAAUCGUGAUUGAAGCCCUGCAGAACACUAAGAACAUAACGCUUCACUCGAAAGAUCUGAUCAUAGAUGAGCCUCAAAUCACUCUUCGCCAAAUAAGUGGUGAAGGGAAGACGGACAACUGCGUAACUUCCACGACUGUGAAUCCUGCCCACGACUUUUAUGUUCUCAACACCUGUCAAGAAUUGAUUUCUGGCCAUGUCUAUGAGCUGAAUUUGCCAUUUUCGGCCGAGUUGAACCGCCAACUGGAGGGGUACUACCGUAGUUCAUACGUCGAUCGUGUGGCAAACGAGACAAGAUGGAUCUCUAUUACCCAUUUUGAACCAGCUUCGGCUCGAAAGGCCUUUCCCUGCUUCGAUGAGCCCGGCUAUAAGGCACCCUUUGUGAUCACAUUGGGUUAUCACAAGAAAUUCACAGGUCUCAGCAAUAUGCCCGUCAAGGAAACUAAGCCACAUGAGACUCUUCCCGACUACAUUUGGACCGAAUUCCAAGAGUCAUUGCCAAUGUCCACCUACCUGGUGGCCUAUUCAGUUAAUGAUUUCUCCCACAAGCCUUCAAAUCUGCCCAAUGGAGCUCUUUUCCGGACUUGGGCAAGGCCCAAUGCCGUCGAUCAGUGUGACUAUGCCGCAGAGUUUGGACCAAAAGUAAUCCAAUACUAUGAGCAGUUAUUCGGAGUAAAGUUGCCGCUGGCGAAGGUCGAUCAGAUCGCAUUGCCCGACUUCAAUAUUGGUGCCAUGGAAAACUGGGGUCUUGUCACUUAUAGAGAAACUGCACUGCUAUACUCCCCUGAGUUUUCCUCGCUGAAGGACAAACAAGAACUCUCCAACAUCGUGGCUCAUGAGUUGGCCCACCAGUGGUUCGGCAAUCUGGUCACAAUGCAAUGGUGGACUGAUCUCUGGCUUAAGGAGGGCUUUGCCACCUAUGUGGCUACCUUGGGCGUGGAGUACAUCCAUCCGGAGUGGCGUUCCAUGGAGCUGGAGUCGUUGUCCAACCUGCUAGCCAUUUUUCGAAAGGACUCCCUGGAGAGCAGUCAUCCCAUUUCGAGGCCUAUUGGAAUGGUUUCCCAGAUUAUCGAAAGCUUUGACGAGAUCUCGUACGAGAAAGGAUCAUCAGUGCUGCGCAUGAUGCACUUGUUCCUGGGGGAGGAAUCAUUCCGCUCUGGUCUGAAAUCCUAUCUAGAAAGCUAUGCGUAUAAGAACGCCGAACAGGAUAAUCUGUGGGAGUCACUUACCCAAGCUGCCCACAAAAAUGGAGCUCUGCCAAAGAGCUAUGAUAUCAAGACAAUCAUGGACUCGUGGACUUUGCAAACUGGUUAUCCCGUACUUGAUGUAACCCGUGAUUACAAAGCGAGGACAGCGAAACUCAGUCAGGAGCGCUAUCUCCUGAAUACUGAUAUUUCUAGGAUGAACAGCGGUGGAUGUUGGUGGAUUCCACUGAGCUACACCACCCAAGCGGAAAGGGACUUUAACAACACGACCCCCAAGGCAUGGAUGGAGUGCAGGCCGAAUGGCGACAGUCUUAACAAAACUAUACAGGAUUUGCCUGGUGCCGAUCAGUGGGUAAUCUUCAACAACCAGUUGUCCACGCCCUACAAGGUCAACUACGAUGCCCAGAACUGGAAACUUCUGAUUGAGACAUUGAACAGCGAGGAUUACCAAACAAUCCACGUGAUCAAUAGGGCUCAACUUAUAGAUGAUGUCUUGUACUUCGCCUGGACUGGAGAGCAGGACUACGAGACCGCACUACAAGUCAUUAAUUAUCUACAGAGAGAAACAGAGCUUCUUCCUUGGAAAUCGGCGUUCGACAAUCUAAAGCUGUUGAAUCGCAUUGUGCGACAGACACCCAGCUUCGAGUUCUUUAAGAGCUACGUGAAAAAACUCAUCACACCUAUCUAUGAGCACCUGAACGGCAUCAACGACACAUUUAAAUCGAUUCAACAGCAGGAUCAAGUUCUAUUAAAAACGAUGGUGGUCUUAUGGGCCUGCCAAUACCAGGUGGCGGAUUGUGUGCCUCAGGCUUUGGCUUACUACCGCAACUGGAGAUCGGAGGCCAAUCCCGACGAAAACAACCCAGUGCCCAUAAAUGUGCGCAACACGGUCUAUUGCACCUCGAUCAGCCAUGGAUCCGAUGCCGAUUGGGAGUUCCUGUGGACGCGGUACAAGAAGUCGAAUGUGGCGGCCGAAAAGCGUACCAUUUUGACUGCCUUAGGUUGCUCCAAGGAGGUGUGGCUGCUGCAGCGUUACCUGGAGCUAAUCUUUGACCCCAAAGAGGAUAUUCGCAAGCAGGACUCAAAGUGGGCAUUCCAGGCGGUGGCCAAAACCGAGGUGGGCUUCCUGCUGGCCAAGAAGUACUUUAUGGACAACGUUGACUUCAUCUACAAGUUCUACCAUCAGCUUACUAAAAGCAUGGCUCCUCUCCUAGAGCCACUUCGAUUGCAGGUCUUUGUCCGUAAAGAUUACAAUGAGUUCAAGGAAUUUGUUGUGAAUUCAAAAGAGUCCUUUAAGGGUUCGGAGGAGGCAAUCCAACAGACCCUGGAGAUUAUGUUGACAAAUGUCCAGUGGAUGGAGCGAAACUAUGAACAGUUCACCCGUGCCAUUAAACGAAUCCUAUAACACACAAAGUUAAAUAUCUUUUAAGACUUUUUAAUAAUAAGUGCAAGCUCAGACUAUCUAAAUUUUUAACAGAAAACAUUAUUUUUGUGUUUCUUUUGUAAUUCUACGUUGGGCUUGGACAAAGGAAAAAAUAUUA